GACGCCGGUCAUGUUCCCGAACCCGCCUCUCGAUUCUCCGCCCGCCGGAAGAUUGCAAUAAUCUUAUUGGGCGUGACGACGCUCCUCAUAUCUUUUGGCUGGUAUAAACGCGACGUCCUUUGGAACCAGCAUACUCCAGCGCCAGUUUCACCUACUACAACUUCAAGUCCCCUUGACGACAUCGCUGCGGAACCAAGUCUUGUAGCUGCUCCGUUGGAUAAUCCAGACAUGCAAACCCAAGGAAAAUACAGCGUUGGAUACUUCACAAAUUGGGGUAUUUACGACCGCAAAUUUGCUCCCAACCUCAUACCUGCGAGGGAUUUGACUCACCUCUUAUAUGCGUUUGCUAAGAUCGACCAUUCCGGCAAGGUCAUGUUGUCGGACCCUUGGGCAGACGUAGAAAUCCACCACGAGGGCUCGGCCGAGACAGCUGGUCGUAAUUUGUAUGGAAAUCUCGAGGCCAUCUACAAACUCAAACAUGAGAAUCCGCAUCUCAAGACGCUUCUCUCCAUUGGUGGAUGGAGCUACCGGGAGUCCUUCCACCCCAUUGUUGUCAAUUCGUCUCUUCGUGCACAUUUCGUCAGAUCGUCUGUACAACUGCUGGAGGACUAUGGCUUCGACGGUCUUGACAUCGACUACGAAUAUCCUUCUAACCCGCAGCAAGCCAUUGGUUUCGCAGAGCUGUUGAGAGAACUUCGGUUCGCGCUGGAUGAACAUGCCGAAGCCAAGAAUCGUCUCUUGGGUGGACGAUAUUGCCGGUUUUUGCUCACUAUUGCAGUUCCCUGCAGUGCUUGGUCUUAUCAAGUGUUUGAUAUGCAAUACAGUGGUGGCGAGCAUCAUGCAAGGGGAUCGGAUUUUGGCGAAAGGCUGCUUCAUCACAUCGCUAAGCCCCUCCUACCUGCCCUUCACAAACAUGGGCUACGUGGCCCAAGCCCGUCCCAAAAGCAGUCACUCAUCAGCAUGAUGGACCAGUCCCUUGAUUUCUGGAAUUUGAUGGCUUAUGACUUCUCUGGUACCGGUGAUCCGGAAGGCGUGGCUGAUCACCAGGCUAACCUUUACGGAGAAAACAUCAGCGGUGUGAAAGCAGUGGAGUUCUACGAGAGCCGUGGUGUACAUCGUUCAAAGCUAGUACUCGGUUUUCCUCUGUACGGAAGGAGCUUUGCUGGCGCUCAGGGCAUCGGCCAGGACUAUGAUCGUAGCCGCCAAGGCGGAGGCACUUGGGAGAGCGGGUCAUACGACUAUCGCUUCCUUCCUACCCCUGGCUCUCAAGUCUAUGUAGAUCAAGGGAAAGUCGCAAGCUACUCUUACGACGGGAAUUCGGGCGAACUUGUGACGUACGACAACGACGCUGUUGCGGCGAUGAAGGCUCGGUGGAUUCAGGAGAACGGCCUAGGUGGGAGUAUGUACUGGGAGCUCAGUGGCGACAAGGACACCGGAUAUCAUCAUCGUGUUGUCGAGGGCGAAGGCUCACCUGGGAAAGAGUAUGUUCCCGGACCCAGCCUAGUGCAGGUAGUCAACCAGUACAUUGGACCUCUCGACAUGACGCCGAACUGGGUGAGGUACGAAGGGAGCCAGUACGACAACAUCAGGAAUCAGAUGGGCAGACCUCCUCGGUAAUCACAUAUCUCGGAAGUGCAUAUGUUUACAACAUGGGACAGUUUCUACUGUAAUAAUAUUACUCUAAAUACCUUAUACAGUACGUAUUUCUGAUUUCAAUGGAUAAGUGCUAAGUUUGCA